AUGCCUCACGUCCGUCUUCCUGGACUUUGUUUCUUGCAAGGCGAUUACGUGAUAGUUGAUGCGCCCUGCAGCUUCGAGAAGGACGUGAAGAUUGGCGUUGGUGGAGGCUCUCCUGGCGUUGUGGUGCAGAGCAUGAGACAAUCUCCACGGCGAGUCGUCGAUGUGUCCUUUAGGUCCAAAAUUCGUGGCAUUGACACUGGUCUUGAUGACGUCCGACGCCGUAGAUGUGAUCCAGUGUACAGGGCUUCUUUUUCUCUUACAUGCUGUACAGACAGUAAAGGACUUCUCCCCAAAUAUUAG